AUGGCGGCGACCGGGUCUUGGGCCAAUCUCAGCAGGGAUAUGCUCACGUUCAUCGCCAACGAUGCCGGCGACGGUUUAUCUCUAGGAGACUACAUGAGCCUCCGCGGCGUCUGCAGCGCGUGGCGCUCUGCGCUUGCGCCGCCGUUCCCCGCCCUCCUCCGCCUCACCGACGGCGGCCGCCGCCCGCCUGUCCGCCUCACCGUCUUCUUCCUCCCGUUGCGGCGCUCGUUCCGCUACAUCUACAUGCGACCCUCCACGGCGCUCGACGACUGCCUCCUAUUCGACAAUCUCAUCCAGAGCCACGCCAGCAUCGUCGGCUCGGGCAGCGGCCGCUUGGCCAUCGCCGUCCACAGCCAGCUGGAUGUCAAAUCCUGGACGUGGAGGAUCUACCUCCUCCAUCCCCGCUCCGGCGAGGAGACGGAGCUCCGCCCUCCGUCCAGGGCCCACGGUCAACGCGUGCGCAAGGUCGUCUUCGCGCCGAACCCGCAGCACGCCGGACCAAAGGACUGGCCGACCGUCGUGGCCCUAUACGGCCGGAACAAGGUGGCCUACAUCGACGCGACUAGAAGCAAGGAGUGGACGACCGUCGACAUCCCCUUCGAGGCGGUGGUGCCGUUGGAACAGUUGGUCGAUCUGGCCUUCGACGCCGGAGGCGAGAACGUGUACUGCAUCGACAUAAGCGGCGGCGUGCAUGUACUACGCAUCCCCCAUUAUCGCGGCCAGAAGAACCUGCAGGAUCCGGCACCAGGGCCUAUCAUGGCCUCGGACGGACUCGCCCCUCCCUACAACGUGGCGGUCCUGCGAAACCCCACCAAGCACCUCUUCUUCUGCGACGGCAGCCUAUACCAGGUGUGGCAGGCGGAAAGGAAGCACCGGGACGAGAUCUUCGUGCUGAGGUUCCAUCCCGGAGGACACCGGCCGAGCUGGGACGUCGUGAAGGAUCUCGGGGGCUGCUCCGUGUUCGUCGGCGAGAACAGCAACCCGACGGUGGUGCGAGGCGUCCGCGGCGUGAGAGCCGACUGCGUGUACUGGAUCAACAACGGGCUGCACGGUGCUCCCUCCAGGGUCAUGGUGCACGAUCUGGCCACAGCCACCUGCGAGCUCUGCUGCGCUAACAAAGGUAACUGCUGGUUUUUCGAUGAUGCCAGCGUCGCCAUCAGCAACAACGACGAGAAAAAACUAAAGAGAAAAAGAUGUUCGACAUAG